AUGCAUGCCGGCUCUGGUGGUCACGGCUGUGUCUCAUAUCUCCGUGAGAAAUAUGUCGAAGAGGGACCGCCCAAUGGCGGUGACGGUGGUAGCGGAGGAGGUAUCUACAUCCAGACUGUCGAAGGUUUGACCAGUCUCCACAAGCUGGCUCGCCGAGGUGUUCUACGAGCUAGCCGAGGUAGAAAUGGACAAGGCAAAAGUAAGGGUGGAAAACGAGGUGAUGAUGUGCUCAUUCAAGUUCCCGUUGGCACUGUGGUUCGGGAAAUCAGCCGUCACGACCCGGUCGAGGAGGCAUGGGCGCGCAUUAGGGAGGAAGAAGAGGCGUCCCAGGUCUCCAAGGAGGAGCAGGAAAUGUUUGGAAAUCCCAACGACCUUGAAGGUCUAGAAGAUGGUCUGCGUGAGACGGAGGAGCCGGAAUUCAACUCCAUUCGGCACGACCGCUGGGUGCUUCAUCCUUCCGCGAAACCAUCCGACUUCCUCAUGGUGCAGUUUCCGAAAUCAUAUCCUCGGAGACAGAAUAUAGCAGCGAUGGAACCGAAGGCACCGAUCUGGCUGGACCUCUCGAAGCCCAUGGAUAAGCCUUUGCUUCUGGCUGCGGGUGGUGCUGGCGGGCUGGGGAACCCACACUUUGCUACGCGCACAAUGGGACGGCCGAAGUUCGCUUCUCGUGGUGAAGGCGGAAUGACAUUAGAACUCGACUUUGAGCUCAAGCUUCUUGCAGAUGUUGGACUAGUUGGGAAACCCAACGCUGGCAAGAGUACGCUGCUCCGCUCCUUGACCAACAGUCGGACACGCGUUGGAAACUGGGAGUUCACUACACUUUCCCCUCAUAUUGGAACAGUGAUUACCGAUGACAUGAAGGGCCGUCCACUUGUCGAGUCAAAGGCUCGUCGGACCCACUUUACUAUUGCCGAUAUUCCCGGUUUGGUGGAAGGCGCUCAUCUUGACCGAGGACUUGGCCUCGGAUUCCUCCGUCAUAUUGACCGCGCUGGUAUUCUAGCUUUUGUGGUCGAUCUCAGCAAUGGUGACCCCGUGCAGGAACUGAAGAAGCUGUGGCACGAGCUUGGAGAGUACGAGCGAGUGCGCGACAUGGAUCCCGACUCCGCUGAAGAUGACAGUGUUAUUGACUGGAAUCCUUUCAGCAACGAGGGUCCGGAACCUGAAAAGAAUCCAUUCAGAGAGCCUAACAGUUUGACGUUACACACCAAUCCUGAUGGCUCUCUGCCUCGAUUGAUGAUGACGCCCCUUCACCUCAAGCCCUGGUUUGUGGUGGCUACCAAAGCAGACUUGGAAAACACCCAGGAUCAAUACCGAGCUCUACAGGAAUAUCUGUCGGCUGUACAAAAUGGAUCGGUUGAGCAUCCAUCUGGCCAUGUUAAGGCAUGGAAGGAAAAGAUUUGUGCUGUUCCCGUUAGUGCCCGAAGAGGCGAAGGUGUAUCUCGCAUUCCCAAGUUGGUGAUGGAGCUUCUAGAGUGA